UGUGAGUAGUAUAGUAUGUUUCAAAAUGGCUGCUGCUUUGUCAUACGAAGAUUUGCGUAAACAUGCACGUCACCUGGAAAAUGAAAUAGAUUUGAAAUUAGUGGCUUUUAGUAAAUUGGGGGCCGGUAUAAAGUCGCCCCCUCAUGCAAGCUCGGAUGCUGUUCCUCUUCUCUCAGGAGAAGACACCUUCGAAGCAAUGGCUCUUGAAAUUGAGGAACUUCUAAACAAAUUAACCCAAGUCAACGAACGAAUGUCUGAACAGCCCGUCUCCGGCGCCGCCAUGCUUCACACUCUUCAGCGCCACCGUGAUAUUUUAACAGAUCUGUCUCGAGAUUUUCGAAAAACCACCUCCCAGCACGAAGUUCGAAGAGAGAGAGAAGAUUUAUUGAGGGGCUCCGGCGAUACCUUUCGCAGCGACGGAAUUAACAACCGACGUGAUAUGUAUUUAAAAGAGAACCAGCACAUACACAGUUCAGACCGUUUGGUUAACGAACAAAUUGCGAUCGCUAUGGAAACUAGGGAGCAUUUGACCAAUCAGCGGCACGCGUUUAAGCGCUUGCAGACUAGGUUUAACGAUAUCUCCAAUAGGUAUCCGGUUAUCAACAGUCUGAUACAGAGGAUUAAUUUGAAAAAGAGGCGGGAUUCGAUUAUUCUAGGGUUGGUCAUUUCUGGGUGCACGAUUUUAAUGCUCCUCUACGUGUUUCAUUGAUUCGGUUAUUGUGAUAAGGUUUCAAUAUUCCAUUAUUUAAGGAUAGGUCAAGUAUAACCAAAAAGUCGAGGGACGUGUUAGUGUUGACGAUAUUUAUAUUUGUUAUUUAAUAAAAGUGUAUUUUUA